CAGUUCGGACUCAGGCCGUCACUUUUGUCGACCUUAACAACUGUUUUUUCCUACAUCCGUAGUUUAUAUUUAUAUUCGAUCUUUUAACAACCUUAAUUAUCUUGAAAAAUACAAAAUAUGGAGUCAGCGAUUGGAAAUCUCGAGCAAAGCGUUCAAAAAGCCGACGGAAAGCUAGAUAUGAUCGCGUGGCAGAUAGAUGCUUUCGAGAAAGCUUUUGAAGAUCCAGAAAGCGAGAUAUCUGUGCUUCGCCUAUUACACUCUGUCCAUCAGGUUACGAAAGAUUAUCAAAAUCUCCGUCAAGAAAUUUUGGAGGUUCAACAGUUACAGAAACAGCUUUCUGAUUCACUUAGAGCUCAACUUACACAGGUGCACGGACAUUUUAAUUUAUUGCGCAAUAAGAUUGUAGGACAUAAAUCACCACAAUUGAAAUAAAAAUGUAGUUAAAACAAAAUUUAUUAUGAAUUUAGAAAUUUUCUGAUAUUUGCCAUGAAUAUUAUUUAAAAAGAAAUAAACAAAUUGCACACAGUUUUAUGAGUUGAAAUUUAGACAUAUCUCUUGAUAUGUUAACACAUAUAUAAACUGACACAUUAUGAAAAAUGAUACGGCCCAUAAUUCAAAGAAAUAGAAAUGUUGCACACGUUUGCUAAAUGUUUUGAAUGUUUUUUGUUUAAAGUUUUGGUAAAAUUUGAAUUAAUUUGUCAUAAAAUUGUCUUAUGCAUUGUUCUUAAAUCUUGAAAAAUUUAAAUAUUGGACUUUAUAAAUGGAUUGGGAUCAACCAAAUAUCAUUGACAAAUAACUUCUUUGACUUAUGCCUUAAAUAGCAAUGGGGCCAAUGUACAUGAUGGUAUGUUGCUAAUAGUUGACACUGAAAGAGAAAGAAAAAGAGAUACUGUUAAAUUUAAUGAAUGUUUUUUUAUAUUAAACUCAUCUUGUCUAUGUUAUAGCUCCCCUAUUACUUCUUAAUCAGUAUUUUAAACAUAUUAACAGAUCAUAGACGAUAUUAUGAUUAACUUUUAAGUAAGAUUAAAAAUCGUUUUGUAGUGCUUUAGCUGAAUGGCUAAAAAGUAAAAUUUAUGUAUUUUUCUAAUUAUACUUAUUUGUAUAUUUUUACACCAUUUUAAGGACAAUGGUUAUUGAGAGUUUACUUCAGAUGUGUACCAAUCGAAGUUUUAUGAAACACUAAAAUUAGAAAAUAUAAGCUUAGCAUGAUAUCUUUGUGCAUAUCCAUAUUUUUUUGUUUAUUAAAUGCUUUAGGAGAGUUAGAUAUUUAUGCUUCCAUAAUUUUUUAAUUUCAUUUUCUGGGACAAUAAUUUCUCUGGCAAAUCUUUAAACAAUAUGAGUACAGUAAUAGCAUAACAUUUUAUUUCAACUCUCUAAACUACUAAUAAUAUCUGUAUUUUGUAUUCAUAAAUACUGACAAUGAGAGAGAGAGAGAGAGAGAGAGAGAGAGAGAGAGAGAGAGAGAGAGAGAGCGAGAGAGAGCUUACACAUAAUGUAAUAUAAAUUGUCUAAAAAAUAUAUGAUACAUUGAUACGCUGUGGCUAAGCAGUUAAUAUUUUAAUAGAACUCCAUAUUAUCUGUCUCUAUUUGUAUAAUUUUCAUUGCGAUUAUUGUAAA